GAGAGAGAGUGUGUGUGUGUGAGUGAGAAAGAAAGAGAGAGAGGGGGAAGCGGAGGGGAUCCGGGAGCUGCCGGUGCGCGCGCGCGGAGGGAGAGAGAGACACGGUGGCGGAGCCCGACGCCAGCGGCCGUUUGGCGGGUCGGAGCAAGGCAGCAUGCGGGUGGCGGCGCCCAGGGCGCGUGUGGGUACCACCUGAAUGGGUCUGAUCAGUGUGAAAAGGACCUGCGACAUCUGCUUGCAAAGAAGCUGUAAGGUGGUUUGCUGCAAUCAGUCUACGCUUCCUCCAAGAAGCAGAGUGCAGUACUUUGUUAUAUUGAUCUGCCCAACAAGCCUGUGAGGAAUAAAUCUGCAUCAGUGACUCUGGAUGUAUUGACUGCCUGUCUUGGAGUACAGUUUACUUGCUCCACUUUGGAAUAUGGUGCCUAACUUCAGCAUCUCAGUAUUUGUUGUGCCAGCAGUAAUUCUGAGCUGCUUGAUGUCAUCAACGGAGGCAGAUAGCAAGCCAAAUUUCAUGAAAACUCCUGAGGAUCAGAUUGGGAUUUCUGGAGGUGUAGCCUCCUUUGUAUGCCAAGCGACAGGAGAACCAAAGCCCCGCAUCACAUGGAUGAAGAAAGGGAAGAAGGUCAGCUCCCAGCGAUUUGAGGUUAUUGAAUUUGAUGAUGGGUCUGGAUCGGUUCUACGUAUUCAGCCUCUGCGUGUCCUUCGAGAUGAAGCAAUCUAUGAAUGCAUGGCUACCAACAACGUUGGGGAGAUAAACACCAGUGCCAAACUGACAGUGUUAGAAGAGAACCAGCUCCCAUCUGGCUUUCCUGCCAUAGACAUGGGUCCACAGCUCAAGGUUGUGGAGAAGGCCCGCACCGCCACAUUGCUGUGUGCUGCCAGUGGCAAUCCUGACCCUGAAAUCUCCUGGUUCAAAGACUUCCUUCCUGUAGACACAGCCACUAGCAAUGGGAGAAUCAAACAACUCCGUUCAGGUGGUACACCAAUCAGAGGUGAGACCCAGGCUGAAAGGUCAGGUGGGAAGAGCGGAGACAGCAAUUUCAGCUUCUGUUCACAGUGCUGUUUUCUCGGGCAAAUGGAAAUGGGUUCAGACUCUGACAAGCAGACAGGGGCCCUGCAAAUUGAGAACAGCGAAGAGUCAGACCAAGGCAAAUACGAAUGUGUCGCCACGAACAGUGCAGGGACCCGUUAUUCUGCUCCAGCCAAUCUUUACGUACGAGUGCGGCGAGUGUCACCUCGAUUCUCAAUCCCACCAAGCAACCAUGAGGUGAUGCCUGGAGGGAGUGUGAACCUUACGUGUGUUGCAGUGGGGUCCCCAAUGCCCUAUGUGAAAUGGAUUGUUGGAGAGGUGGAGCUGACGAAAGAAGAUGACAUGCCAUUGGGUAGAAAUGUUCUGGAGCUGAUCAAUAUCACAAAAUCAGCUAACUACACCUGUGAAGCCAUGUCCUCACUGGGCGUAAUCCAUGCAACAGCACAAAUCACUGUCAAAGCCCUGCCAAAGCCACCAAUGGAGCCAUUAGUGACUGAGACAACAGCCACCAGUGUGACUCUCACCUGGGACUCGGGAAAUGCUGACCCUAUCUCCUACUAUGUCAUCCAGUAUAAGCCCAAGUCAUGGGAGGGCACUUUCCAGGAAGUAGAUGGUGUAGCAACUACUCGCUACAGCAUUGGUGGUCUAAGCCCCUUCUCUGAAUAUGAGUUCCGCAUUAUUGCUGUCAAUAACAUUGGCAGGAGCCUCCCUAGUGAGCUGGUUGAGGCACGGACAGGAGAGCAAGCCCCAUCAAGUCCACCCCUCAAAGUGCAGGCACGUAUGCUAAGUGCAAGCACCAUGCUGGUACAAUGGGAACAACCUGAAGAGCCCAAUGGGCUGAUCCGUGGCUAUCGGGUGUACUACACCACUGACCCCCACCAACAACUCAACAUGUGGCAGAAACACAACACUGAUGAUAGUCACCUCACCACUGUGAGCAGCUUGAUACCUGUGACCACCUAUAGUAUCCGUGUCUUGGCUUUUACCUCAGUAGGAGAUGGGCCCCCUUCUGACGUCAUCCAAGUCAAGACCCAGCAGGGUGUUCCAUCUCAGCCAGCUGACUUCCAGGCUGAGGCAGAGUCUGACACACGAAUCAUGCUGACAUGGCUGCCAGCCACCCAGGAGCGCAUCACCAAGUAUGAGCUAUUUUACUGGGAAGGGAAGGAUGGGGUCCAGCAUAAGGUGGAGUUUGACCAGGUCUCUUCAUACGCAGUUGAAGGGCUCAAGCCAGACACACUCUACCAUUUCCAAUUGGGAGCCCGUUCUGAGCUUGGACUUGGAGUCCAAACCCCAGUUUUGGAAGCCCGGACAGCACAGUCCACCCCUUCUGCCCCACCCCAAGAGGUCGUAUGUGUAAGCACCAGCUCCACCACCAUCCGGGUAAGUUGGGUACCACCACCGGCUCAGAGCCGCAAUGGAGUCAUCACGCAGUAUUCCAUCGCAUACCAGGCGGUGGAAGGAGAGGACAGCACCAAGCAUGUGAUUGAGGGCAUUGGACAUGAGCGCUCCAGAUGGGAGAUCAACAACCUGGAGAAAUGGACUGAGUACAAAGUGUGGGUGAGGGCUCACACAGAUGUGGGUCCUGGGCCAGAGAGCAUCCCUGUCUGGGUUCGCACUGAUGAAGACGUGCCCAGUGCUCCGCCACGGAAAGUGGAGGUAGAGCCAGUGAACUCAACAACCAUCCGUGUCUCCUGGAAAUCACCCAUCUCCAACAAGCAGCAUGGCCAGAUCCGGGGCUACCAAGUCACCUAUGUGAGGCUGGAGAACAACGAGCCACUUGGACCAUCUGUCAUCAAAGAUGUCAUGGUAGCAGAGUCCCAGUUGAGGUCUAAGGACUCUAUUGAUCACGAAACCCUAAUAGGAGGCCUUUUACCUGAAACUACCUACUCCAUCACCGUUGCAGCCUAUACCACUAAAGGGGAUGGAGCCCGCAGCAAGCCCAAGAUGGUUACCACAACUGGAGCAGUCCCAGGCAAGCCUACCAUGAUGAUCAGCACCACAUCCAUGAAUACCGCCUUAAUCAAUUGGCACCCACCCAAAGAGAUGAUUGGGGAGCUCCUGGGAUACUUGCUACAGUACAAACGUGCUGAUGAGGAGAAGAUGAAAGUCAUUCACUUUGAGAAGAAUGCCGAUCACCACACCGUGACCGACCUUUACAAGGGUGCCACCUACAUCUUCAAGUUAUCUGCUAAGAAUAGGGCUGGUCCUGGGGAGGAGUUUGAGAAGGAAAUCACCACCACCGAGGAGGUGCCAAGUGGCUUCCCCCAGAACCUGAGUGUGGUGGGACUCACCACCUCCACCACUGAAGUGACCUGGGACCCACCAAUACUGGCUGAGCGGAAUGGGAAAAUCACCAAUUAUACAGUUGUGUAUAGAGAUAUUAACAGCCAGCAGAACCUGACCAAAGUUACUAAGGAGAUGAGCAUCACUCUGACCAACCUCAAACCUGACACAACCUAUGACAUCAGAGUUAGAGCUCACACUAGCAAGGGAGCUGGGCCUCUCAGCCCCAGCAUCCAGUCUAGGACGAUGCCAAUGGAACAAGUGUUUGCAAAGAACUUCCGUGUCAGUGCUGUGAUGAAAACAUCAGUUCUGCUUAGCUGGGAGGUGCCAGACUCUUAUAAAUCUGAAGUACCUUUCAAGAUUCUGUACAAUGGUCAGACUGUGGAGGUGGAUGGCCACUCCAUGAAGAAGCUGAUUAAUGACCUGCAGCCAGACACAAAUUACUCCUUUGCACUCACGAACCGGGGAAGCAGCGCAGGAGCACUGCAGCACCGGGUCUUCAUUCGGACAGCACCUGAUGUCCUCCAGAGCAAACCCAUUUCCACGUACAAAUAUAUCCACAACGGACGGUUCGCCCUCACCCUCCCCAAAGUGCAAACCUCUAUGCCAGUCAGGUGGUACUACAUUGUGGUUGUGCCAAUAGACCACACAAACAACAUCCUUGCAUCCAGAUGGAAGAGCCCAGAUGAGAUGGAACUGGACCAGCUACUUGAGGCCAUUAACCAAGGGGGUCCUGACAAGCGCCUGCGCCGGCAGGCAGAACAACUCAAGCCCUACAUUGCUGCCCAAGUGGAUGAUUUGCCAGAGACCUUCAUCUUGGGGGACAAGAACACCUAUAAAGGCUUCUACAAUAAACCCCUUUCAGAAGACCUGAGCUACCGUUGUUUUGUGCUGGCUUCGUUGGAGGAUGGUGAUACAAAGAAGUAUGCAGCCAGUCCCUACUCAGAUGAGAUUGUGAUGGAGGUGUCAGCUAAGCAACAGGAUGAACCAGAAAUGCUAUGGGUGAUGGGGCCUGUCCUGGCUGUCAUCUUAAUCAUCAUCAUUGUCAUUGCUAUCUUACUCUUCAAAAGGAAAAGGGCCAACUCCCCCUCUGCAAAGGAUGAACAUUCAAUCGGCCUGAAGGAUUCUUUGCUGGCCCAUUCCUCUGACCCGGUGGAAAUGAGACGGCUCAAUUACCAAACACCAGGUGCCAGUGGCCCCAGUUGCCCGAAUAUCUCAAGCAUGCGUGACCACCCUCCCAUUCCAGUGACAGACCUCGCUGACAACAUCGACCGGCUGAAGGCAAAUGAUGGGCUGAAGUUCUCCCAGGAAUAUGAGUCCAUUGAUCCUGGACAGCAAUUCACCUGGGAAAACUCCAACCUGGAAGUGAACAAACCAAAGAACCGCUAUGCAAAUGUGAUUGCCUAUGACCACUCACGUGUCAUCCUAACCUCCAUUGAUGGGGUCCCUGGAAGUGACUACAUCAAUGCCAAUUACAUUGAUGGCUACCGCAAGCAGAAUGCGUAUAUUGCUACACAGGGUCCUCUACCAGAAACACUCAGCGACUUUUGGAGGAUGGUAUGGGAACAACGCACAGCAACUAUUGUCAUGAUGACCCGACUGGAAGAGAAGUCUCGGGUAAAGUGUGACCAGUAUUGGCCAGGCCGUGGUACAGAAACGUAUGGAUUGAUCCAGGUGACAUUGCUGGACACUGUUGAACUUGCCACCUAUACUGUCCGGACAUUUGCCCUAUAUAAGAAUGGGUCCAGUGAAAAGCGGGAGUUGCGGCAGUUCCAGUUUAUGGCUUGGCCAGACCAUGGGGUACCAGAAUACCCCACCCCUAUCCUAGCCUUCCUGAGACGGGUGAAAGCCUGCAACCCUCCUGAUGCCGGGCCAGUGGUUGUACACUGCAGUGCUGGUGUGGGCAGGACAGGCUGCUUCAUCGUAAUUGACGCCAUGCUAGAGAGGAUGAAGCAUGAGAAGACAGUCGACAUCUAUGGGCAUGUGACAUGCAUGCGUUCACAGAGAAACUAUAUGGUGCAAACUGAGGACCAGUAUAUCUUCAUCCAUGAAGCCUUGCUUGAGGCAGCCACCUGUGGAAACACCGAGGUGCUUGCACGCAACCUCUUUGCCCAUAUCCAGAAGCUGAGUCAGGUACCUCCGGGCGAGAGUGUCACAGCAAUGGAACUGGAGUUCAAGCUCCUUGCCAACUCUAAAGCACAUACCUCACGAUUCAUCAGUGCCAACCUCCCAUGCAACAAAUUCAAAAACCGUCUGGUGAACAUCAUGCCCUAUGAGCUGACACGGGUUUGCCUGCAGCCAAUCCGGGGUGUCGAGGGCUCAGACUACAUCAAUGCCAGCUUCAUUGAUGGCUACAGGCAGCAGAAGGCCUACAUUGCUACACAGGGACCUCUGGCUGAAACCACAGAGGAUUUCUGGCGGAUGCUGUGGGAGCACAAUUCCACCAUUGUGGUGAUGCUUACAAAGUUGCGAGAAGUGGGACGAGAGAAAUGUCAUCAGUACUGGCCCGCAGAACGCUCUGCUCGGUACCAAUACUUUGUGGUGGAUCCCAUGGCUGAAUACAACAUGCCUCAGUACAUCCUGCGCGAGUUCAAGGUCACAGAUGCCAGAGAUGGGCAAUCAAGAACCAUCCGGCAGUUCCAGUUCACAGACUGGCCUGAACAGGGAGUACCAAAAACAGGAGAAGGCUUCAUUGACUUCAUUGGGCAAGUCCAUAAAACCAAGGAGCAAUUUGGCCAAGAUGGGCCCAUCACUGUACACUGCAGCGCGGGGGUCGGCCGUACUGGUGUAUUCAUCACAUUAAGCAUUGUACUGGAGCGCAUGCGCUAUGAAGGUGUGGUUGACAUGUUCCAGACCGUGAAGACCCUGAGGACACAGCGACCAGCCAUGGUGCAGACAGAGGACCAGUAUCAGCUGUGCUACCGGGCAGCACUGGAGUACCUUGGCAGCUUUGAUCACUAUGCAACGUAACUAGUGCUUUUGGCCAGUUGCAGCGGGAAUAUCCAAGAGCAGAGACGGGUUCUUCCCAACCAGCCGCCCAUUUCUUAGUCCAUCUGUGCAGUUAAUGCUGCUGCUGCUGCUGCUGUUGUGAUGGCAACAGCCUCCCCACAACCAGCCAGUUCUGACCACAGUAUUUAGGAACAUUGCCACAGCGCCAAAGGUGGGACCAGCUUCUAGCAUUUCCAAUCUCGAGAUGAAUUUUCUGUUCAUGCCCCCCCUCCUCCCCUCCUUGAUAACAUUUCAUGGUGAGAGUCACUGGGUGGAUGGAAUGGGAUAUUUUAUAUAUGUAAAAUAGUUAACUAGUAUUUUAUAUCUUUUCUUUUUUAAUUCUUUUGCAAGUCUUAAUGUUUUGCUUAGGCAAAACAGGAGAAUGGAGGUGGUGGGGUUUGAAUUUCCUUUUGCUUUUUCCACCCCCCUUUUGUUGGCUCAAUUGUGGUGGUGCUGCCCAUUUUCGGGCAGCCCCAAGUUAAUAUGAGUGGCCGGCUCACAGCUCUGGGACCCCUCUACACCCUCUUCAGUCCUUUGUAGAAUACUCAGUUUUACAGAGCUGGAGCCAACCUAAUGAUUAUUCCUAAAGGUUUUUUCUUUUCCAUAGGCCUGUCUGUCAGGUGGGACUUCAGCAGCUAGCAGAUGCUUGGUCCUAUUGACAUGUGUCCAGUGACCUCAUAUUGUCAGCAGAUCCCAUGUGAACUUGCCAUUUUGGGGAGAGACCCACUGCCUGGGAUCCUCUCUUGGUGGGGGAAAAACAAUUGUGGCAUUUUUUGUCACACACACACACACACACACACACACACACACACACACACGUUCCCAAAAGGGACCUUACCACAGACACAAAUUUAUUUAGUCCUUUCUCUGCCAGUAGCAUCCUGAAGCGCUGUUGCCUGGGCAAUCAUGGCCAACCAAGUGCGUUAGAGCAUCUUCCAAGGUGAAAGAGCACAACUCUGGGAAGUCCAGCCUUCCUGCACACACAAACCCAGAAUGGGGGUGCCUUGGUUAUUGUGGGGGGAGGGGGGAUUGGGGUUCUUCAGGUAAGGGAAUCAGUUCUCAGAGGCUGGGUGUAGUUAUAAUUUCUGCUAUCCUGUAAAACAUUUAAGUCAUUAGAAUACUGUAUUUUCCACUAUGACAGGAUGAUCUAAUAAACCAAUGUGGCAAGACUACUGGACUUAAUUUAACGGAACUAUAUAUUAAUAUUCCUUAUUAUCUCACUUGCACUAAAGGCAGGGAGAUUACAGCCUUCUCCCAGGUGCAUAGUUCUAUAAAUAAAGGUGGUGGAAAGGUCUCUAACUGUAUUAUCCAAUGUAUCCAAACUGCAUUGAAAUCAACAAUCCCGGGUUGGUGAUGUUGGAGAGAACAUUCAUUUUUACCUUGUGGAAGCAUAGUGCUGUAGGGGUCACUGUUGUAUACAGUCUGUUUUCUAUUUGUUAAUAAAAAAUCUACAGCAUCAUUGCAUAAUCUUGAUGUUAAUAAAUUUGAAUAAUCAGGUUUCCUA